AUGGUUGUUACGACUCAAUGGCCAGACGAUGACAAGGAACCAGAAAAUCCCGAAGACCUGGCUAACGGCGGUUACUCUGACAGACCACCUGCUCCACCGCCACCACCUCCAUCAAACGAAAACCAUGGCUAUCAGACGCCCAACAUCAAAGGGGAUAAAGGCGAUGCCGGUCAAAAGGGAGAGUCGAUCAGAGGACCGCCCGGACCACCAGGACCUCCGGGCUCGCCGUUUUCCGGGGACUUUGCCACCGAUGAAGAACUCGUCAAGUCUGGAGUAUCUGGACCGAGGGGUCCGCCGGGCAUAUGUAGCUGUAACCUCACCACGUUAUUUGCACCAGGCAACAUACCGGAAUUAAUACAAGGACCGCCGGGCAAUCCAGGCAUCGAUGGCAAAAUGGGAUUGACAGGUCUCCCGGGUGCUGUAGGAUUGCCAGGAGAUCGAGGACUAGAAGGCAUAAAAGGGGACAAAGGUGAUAGAGGAGAUGUCGGACAACGAGGGAACGAAGGCAUUCAAGGCAUUAAAGGCGAUUCUGGAAUUGACGGGGAACGUGGUUUACAAGGACCUCCGGGUCCACCAGGUCCUCCUGGGGGAUCAGAUUUUUCAAACAAUGAUCCAAGUUGGAAACCAAGACCGAUUUACAAGGACAUUGGGUUUGAGUCAAACGUUGGGAGGCCCGGUCCCCCGGGUCCUAAAGGCGACCCGGGUGUUGACGGCGCUCCGGGCUUAAAAGGUGCAAAAGGAAUUCAAGGCAAUAAAGGCGUUCGCGGGGAGCUUGGCAGCAAAGGAGUCAAAGGCGACAAGGGCCAUUCUGGAUCUACAGGACCACAAGGUUUUAAAGGGGAACGAGGAAUACGCGGAUUUGACGGAACUCCAGGAAUGCCCGGAGAAAAUUCUCGCCCAGCGCCCAAAGGCGAAAAAGGCGAUAGUGGGACACCCGGACCACCGGGUCCACCUGGACCAGCGCAGUCUGGAGUGAAAAUUGAUAAAACGGAUACAGCAGUUGUAAAAACAGUCAAAGGUGAUAAAGGCACAAAAGGAGAUCAUGGGGAAAAAGGAUCCGUUGGUAAUCUGGGCCCAGGAGGAAACCCUGGUCCACCUGGUUUGACGGGUCCCAAAGGUGAACGAGGAGAGCCCGGUUUACCAGCACCCUCGUUAUCCACGACCGAUCUAGGAAUGAGCAUCAAAGGAGACAAAGGUGAAAUGGGAAGACGAGGUAGACGCGGAAAACCAGGUCCUACUGGUCCACCUGGUCCACCCGGAGAGAUUGGCUUACCUGGUUUACGAGGUUCACCGGGCAAACCAGGAGGUCUUAAAGGGGACAAAGGAGAUCCGGGAGUAUCUGUGAAAGGGGAUAAAGGAGAUCCGGGAAAAGACGGAAUACCAGGUGCUGGAGGAACAUACGUGCCUGUUCCAGGACCACCAGGCCCGCCGGGAAUUCCCGGUGUUGCAAUCGAAGGUCAAAAAGGCGAACCUGGUGAUCCAGGAUUUUCUUCGUCACCACUCCGAAGUGAAAUAAACGAACCUGUCAUCGUACCAGGCGCUAUGACGUUCCCUAACAAGAAAUCGAUGAUAAACGUGACGGACAGAACUCAGAUGGGUACCAUUGCAUUCAUCAUCGAAGAGGAAGCCCUUUUAGUACGUGUCACGCGUGGCUGGCAGUACAUUUCCCUUGGUUCAUUAGUCACAACUGGAAUCGAUCCGGUCCCGGCGAGCGUUCCGAUUCCGACAAGAGUGCCGUUGGAAUCAUCGAAUUUAGUACAUAACCAUCCAGUAAAAGAUAACACAAUGUGGCAUCCCAAAAUGUUGCGAAUAGCAGCGUUGAAUGAGCCAUACACGGGUAAUAUGCACGGAGUUCAGAGUGUGGACUAUUCGUGUUAUCGUCAGUCUCAGCGAGCGGGGCUUCACGGGGCGUUCAAAGCGUUCCUGUCCUCGAGGCUUAACAAUUUGAAAACGAUCGUUCACGAAUCCGACAGAGAUUUGCCCGUCGUCAACAUCAAAGGAGACGUCCUGUUCAACUCCUGGAAAGACAUAUUCAGCGAGAACGGCGCGUUUAUAUCGCAACAGCCCAGGAUAUACAGUUUUAGUGGCAAAAAUGUGCUCACCGAUUUCACGUGGCCUCAGAAGACCAUAUGGCACGGAUCGGACAUGUCCGGCGACAGUGCAGUGGACGGAAACUGUGACGCUUGGAACUCGGAGAGCUCCGACAAACGGGGACUAGGCUCAUCGUUGACUUCAAAGUCCGACCGGCAGGCAAAGCUCCUAGACCAGGACUCGGCUUUCGACUGCCGCAACUUUUUCGUCGUCCUUUGCGUGGAAAUCACACCGCACUCGGGGGCGAUGUUUUCUAGGAAACGUCGCAGUGGCGGAGGAGGGUUGCACGACGAACCUCAGCCACCGAUGAGCCGCCAAGAGUACGAGAAGCUCAUCGAAGACAUCGGAGCUUGA